CGAAACGAAUAUACUAGUACAUAGCUCUAGAAUCCUAAAAUCGGCAGUUAACGAGCUCGGUAUCAAUGCCGGCGGUGCUCGCCUGGCCUGGAUUGUGUGCUAGCUGCUUUGGGAUCGCCAUGGCGGUGCCCAGUUCCCACUCUGCCGGUCGAAUUCAUAGAGGGGGAGAAAGCGCUGGGCAUAGUCCGCCACGAAUUCUAUGGUGCACAGCAACUCUUCCUUGGGGAAGUAUGCGAAGUUCAAGCGCGUCCGUCCAGGGAGAGAUCAUCAGCGAGGGACCGACACCUCCUCCCAAACAAAUUGUUGAGGAGCUUUGCUACAAACCGGCCCUGCGGCACGGUUUGCUGGAGUUCGUCUUUGGAAUCAGUGAUCCGGACGAGGAACGAGACGACCGCUGCUCGUUUCACUUGCGUGCUCCGGACAAUCAACGCGGUGGUGAUUAAGCUUUGCUCUCUCGACUCGAUGAGACGGUAUCCCGAGACCAUCCCGGGUUUUAUCCGCUGGAGUAUGGAAGGUGCUCUUUCGA